AUGGAGCCAGAUUUGUUCAAAUAUGUACCAUCUGAAAUCAUGAGCAAUAUCUUCUCAAGGCUCCAUUCCGAAGCAGUUGCAAUAAGCAAGUGCGUUUGCAAAGCAUGGCUCCAUCUCCUCGAGACUGAUUAUUUCGUCAACUCCUAUCUCUGUAAACCCUCCCUAGCCGUCUUGGCACGCGACUCAACCCGGUUAACAGUUUUCAAUCUCAAAGACGAAGACGAAGACGAAGACGGAGUCGAUCACGAUCACGAUCGUCACUACAUUCCAGUCGCAGAUUUCGAUAUCCCUCAGCGAGGAGCAAAAGUGAAAGGUACCUCUGCUAACGGCCUGCUCCUUGUAUUCUCCAAGCCCAAAUCUCUCUGCAUAUGCAAUCCGCUCACUCGCGACUACGUCGAGCUUUGCUGCCCUCAACAAUCCAUCCGUGCGUCGGAGUUGCUUUGUGGGUUUGGAGUGAGCAAAAUAAGUGGGCGGCAUAAGGUGGUGUGUAUGACUCGUUCUGAAUCCCAUUGCCACGUGUACACCCUCGGAGCAACACAGACAUGGAGGACCGUCGCCAAGCCUUCUGGCGUGUUUUGCGACUACGCAUACGGCGUGAGCUUUGGCCAACUUGUGAAGGGCAAUCUCCAUUGGAAGUUAUGGGGUGAGGCUAUUUGUUGUUUCGAUGUUGAAACAGAGUGUUUCAGCCGCUUCUCCACUCCUCCUCGAGGUGGAAAUGCGGACUUGUCCGUUUUGCAGGGCUGCCUGUGUGCUUGUCGCCUCGCAUGGGAUAAAGAUGAAGGUAACGAGGUGAUUGAGAUAUGGUUGAUGAAGGAAUAUGGAGACGACGAAUCUUGGAGCAAGGAGUAUGUGAUGAUCUACCAUCCUGAUUUUCCACCGGGGCCGGCUAUUUACCCCAUCAAGGUUUUCAAAGAUGGCGACAUCUUGAUGUUGUUGGAGGAGGAGUUUCUCCUCUAUUACUCCAACAACACCAAAAAUACUCAACAAGUCCAUGCAUUAGAAGCUGCUACAGGAGAUACCUAUAUUUCUGCCAUCAUUUUCACCCCAACUCUUUCCUCACUCAAAACUUUGGGUAUGGAGAAUGUAAUCUCGCUCAACUCGAUUUCAUAA